GUUCGAGCGAUUAUUUUGCGUGGAAAUAAUGGAAACACUUAAGUGACGUCACUAAGUAAUUUACCGUAGAUACAUGCGAUAGUGGGGGCUAGCACACAUUCAGAGCAGUUUCUUUAGUGUGCAGCCGUGUUGUGCAUCAAAAAAUGACCGAUAAUUACCCUGAACAUUUGAACCCUUUUGCGGACGAGAAGCCCAGACCCAAACUGACAAUUCGGGACUCUUUCAAAGAACUUAAAAGAAAUUUGCGGCAGUCCUUUCGGAUCAAAAAGAAGGACAACGACGAGGUGACACUCCGGCAAAAGAGCGAGACGUUCAAGAGGUCGCCGUUGUCGUACCCAAGCCCCCAACAGGAGGCGCUUCCCCGGUCAAGAUUUCGGGAGCGGAUAAGCACCCCAGGCUCAAAUCCGUUUGAAGAAGAAGAGAAAAGACAAAAUGUUGGCACAACGAAGCGAAGGGGCAAAAAGCGGGCGCCUCUGCCCCCCAAAUCGGCGUCCAGUCAAAAUGUUAGCAAUUUGGAGGCUUCCUCCGAUGGUUCGCACUGGAGUCUGACUUCUGCUGACACCGACUGCUCCUUCUCGACUGAUAACGAAACCAAACCAGACGCAAUGAUAAACGAGUUCAAAGAUUUUAACAAAAAUAUGGAAGCGCUAAAAGACGAUAGUAAUAACAAUGUGGUUGCCAAAGAGAAAGCGGAGUCAAACAGUAACAUUCCAGACCUAGUGAUAUCUUGUCCCAAUGAAGAACUGGAAGAAAGUGACCAUUUGUCGGUCAUUUCGGAGGGAGGCGGUUCAGACUUAGUCGUUAAGGAUAUUACGAGUAAUUUGAUUGAGGAAAAAGAAGAUGAAGUAGAAGUGAAUUAUUGCGAGAAGAAGUCACUUUACAUCGCUGGAUCUCGUGACGAUUUGAACGACUCCCCAACUUACACUGGAAGAGUUUCCUUGUACAUAACAGGAUCAUGUGACGACCUUGAUGCUAGUAAUAACAACGAAGUUUGUAAUAAAUCUGUAACCGACGAAAAUAGUAUCGCUGAUGCAGUUCCGACACCCAAGCAAAGAAAAAAUAAAUUGUCUAAAAAUAUCCUUUUGGGCACGGAAUCAGUCUGUAAUUAAAUAAAGCACUGCAUUGAAUUUUUUAUUGAGUUUAAAUCAAAACUUAACAGAAACAAUAUAAGGAAUGCAAAUUAGCGAAAACUGAUUUCCUAUACGUUCUCAUUAGUAAUAGUAAUAAUAACACUGUAACUAUGAACAAUCCAUAAAUCAACAAAAUAAGUCUAAUGGACGGUGCUGCAGAGCUGGAUGACUUUCAGAGAGACGUUCCGGCAGCUGAGCGAGGAGUCGCUCAGGACGCCAAACCUGUAGUGAAAUUUUGAAAAAAUAAACUGUUAUUUAUUCCCUU